GACUCCUUCUGUGUAUGUGAAGCUGAGAGCGCACCCUCAAGGCAAAAGAGCUCGGAAUCAAGCCUGAUAAUUAAAGCACAAUUCCCGAAAGCAGUCGACGAGUCCAUCACCUCACCAAGCAUGAAGGGGAGCAUUCUCUUUGUGGCCGGCCUUGUCAUCGGGCUCACCACCGCUGGUGGAUGCCCGAUGGGCCUCGACGAUCACCCUUGGAAAGCUCCUGGCCCAGGAGACCGUCGCAGCCCCUGCCCGGGACUGAACGCGCUCGCGAACCACGGCUACCUUCCCCGCGAUGGGUUCAACAUCUCGGCUGAACAAUACUUCAAGGCCGUCGACGAGGGGAUAAACUUUUCACGCGAUACAAUCCAGAAGUUGGUGACGAUGGGCUUGUCCAUAUCGACCACGGGCAACAAUAACACCUUCCAUCUCGAUGAUAUCAACAAGCACAACGCGAUCGAGCAUGACAGCAGCCUCAGCCGGAACGACGCUUUCUUCGGUGACAACCACAGCUUUAACCCCACCAUCUGGAACGCGACGCGCGCGUGGUUCACCGAGCCUGUCAUCGACCCUGAGCAUGCCGCCAGGGCGGUUGUGCAGCGGCUUGUCGCGGCCAAGGCAUCAAACCCGGGCUUUGGCCUGACCAAGGAUCAAGAAAGGCUCGCGGUCGGAGCCACGGCCUUGUUCAUGUCGGCCUUGGGCGACAAGGUCAACGGGACCGUUCGUAGGGACUACGUCAGAGCUUUAUUCGAAGAGGAACGUCUCCCGGCUGCGGAGGGAUGGUGCCGCGCGCAAGAGCCUGUCAACUUGGCCGACAUUGGGCUGCUGUUCAACAAGCUGAAUGCAGCGAAGCCGGCACCAAUUGGCUGCUCCUAAGGGGAAGGACGUUGAUGUGUCGGAGGUUGGGGCCUGGCCGGUAUUUGUUCAAACAAUAUCAGAUGGGGGAAAAUGAGCAAUUGCUCGCGCCUGGCAGGAUACCGGAGGAAAUCAUCCCGUCUGGUGAGGAGGCAGCGGGGCGCUGCGGGACAGGGCUUUGGGGCUGGCCAGACUGAUUGGAAGUGGCGACUGGAGCUCGGUGGGGACAUGCGGGCUGGACAGCAAUUUGUGUAGAAGAGAAGAGCUUAAAUGGACUGCUGCUUUGUGUAGAAGAAGGCCCA